CUAAUUUAAGUGGGAACAAAGUCAUUGAUGGCAUUAUCAGAAAUACGCAAGUUAAUUUUGUUACAGGUUCAAAAGAUUGGAUAUUGGAAUUUAUUCCCUAUGACCAAUUUAAAGAUAUAGAAUUUAUUGCUGAAGGAGGAUUUAGUAAAAUUUAUAAAGCUAUUUGGGUUGAUGGUCCAAUUGAUUAUUUCUCUUUUAAACCUGAUACUGAUAAUAUUGUUCGUAAAAAUAAUUUUUCAGUUGUUCUCAAAAGACUUGAUAAUUCUAAAAACAUUACAUCCGAAGAACUGAACGAGCUUAAAGUAUAUUAUCAGAUUUUAUCAAAUGAUAUGAUUAGUAAUGGUAUUGGUGAAUAUUUUGGAAUUACUCAAGAACCUAAUACUAAAGAUAUGAUGAUUAUUAUGCCAUAUUAUGAAUUAGGCGACUUGAUGCGUUAUUUAAGUAAUAACUUUUAUAAUAUUAGUUGGCGGAUAAAGCUGGAUAGAUUAUCUUCUAUAAUACUUGGACUUGUAGAUAUACAUAGAGCAAAAAUUAUCCACAGAGAUUUACAUAGUGGAAAUAUUUUUUUUGAUAAAGAUUAUGCGUACAUCGGUGAUUUGGGAAUAAGUAGAUCUGCAACUGAAUCAAAUAAUGAUAAUGAGAGGUAUGGUAUCAUUCCUUAUAUGGCGCCAGAGAUUUUUCAUGGACAAAAAUAUACCGAAGCUUCAGAUAUAUAUAGUUUUGGAAUGAUUAUGUGGGAAUUUAUGACAGGUAGAAGACCUUUUUUGGAUAAAAAUCAUGAUAUAGGACUUAUAAUUGAGAUAUGUGAUGGUUUACGACCACCAAUUGUUACAAAUGCACCUAAGGGAUAUAUUGAAUUAAUGAAGAGGUGCUGGCAUUCUGAUCCAGUAAAAAGACCAACAGCUAAUGAUAUAUCUGAGAAAAUUGAUAAAAUGUGGUUUAAUGAAGAAGAGUUUUCGGAUUUAAAUCAAACUGAAAUUACAGAAUCAUCAGAUAUUGGACCUGCAAAAAUAAAAGAUCCAGGCGCCAUUUAUAAGAGCAGACCAUUAAGUUGCAUGAUUCAAUCUGCAAUGUCUUCAAGGAGUUCAAGUAGUCAAACUAAUGAUCCAUUUUAUUAUUAUCAGAAAAAUAACUUAAUAUCUACUGAUAAAAGAAAGUUCGAAGAUGAUUCAGCUGAUGACAAUGACCAAAGUAUCAAAAGAAGAAAAUUUCUUGAAGAUGAAAAUAGUGAUUACUCUACAAAAGAAAUUGGAUUUGAUACUAAUAUGAGUUCUAAUCAACCUUGUAAUAAUGGAUACGUCACCAAAGCAAUUGAUUUUGAUAUCAAUGAUCUUUAAAUUAUAAUUUUAAAGAAUUAAUUUUUUUUUUUUUUACUUUUUUUUCGAAUUUUUUACUUAUUACGCAUUACUGUAGUUAGCGGGAUUAUUUAAUAGAUUUAAUAGAUUUAAUAUACAAAUAGAUUAAUUUUAUAGGAACUUUAAAGUCAUCCUACCAUUAUAAUCGCUGAAUAGUUAUUUAUUAUGCUAAUAUUUUCAUAUAGCCUAUAAUAUUUUAUUACUACAUGCAUGAUAUUAAAA